UGGUAUAAUAAGUCCCCUCCCAAUCCCAAACACGCAAGCGAGCAAGAACUGCCGAGUUGGAAAGAGAGCAAGCAGGGUCCCAACUGCCACGGCACAAUCGCCAAUGGGGUUCGUCACUUAAUCCUCAGGUGAACCCCCACGGCGGCAACAGCUGAAAAACAAAUUCCAAAGCCUAAAAUCCCGUCGUCCAAUGAUGAUAAUGAAGGCCAAAAGAGUAAAAAUAGUUCUUUUCCUCUUCGCCCUCAACUCCGUCACUCUCUACUUCUACUUUUACUUCUCCUCCCACCCCGACUAUUUCCCCAACAGAAGCAACCCUCACUUUACCCGGAAUCAUACAAACUCCCAUGUGUCCAUCACUGCUACUGCGAAACCCUGGCCAAGUCUCCCCUCCUACCUCCCCUGGUCCCAUAAUCGUGAGGUGCCGGUCCGAUCUUGCGAGGGUUAUUUCGGGAAUGGCUUCACUCUGCUUGUCGAUGCCCUCAAACUCUCGCCGGAGUCUCACCGGAAAUCCGUCUCUGAUAACUCUGCCGGGGGCGGAUGGUUUAGGUGUCACUAUAGUCAAACGCUGCUUAGCUCUAUAUGCGAGGGAGGACAAAUUCGGAUGAUUGGAGAAAAAAUUGUAAUGUCUAAAGGAGGGGAAGAGUUGGAGAUGGUGCUUGGAAGAGGGGAAGAGGAAGAAUUGCCGUUAUUUAAACCCGGUGCUUUCCAGAUUGAAGUGCUCGAAAGGUCUAAAAUAGGGAAGAAACUUGUGAAUGUAGACUUUUUGAAUAAUUACUUACCAAAUGGUGCCAUUCAUAGGCAUACUAUGCGUCAGUUGGUCGAUUCGAUUGAGUUAGUUGGGCCUAAUGAGUUAAAUUGUUCCGAGUGGGUUGAGGAGCCUACGGUUUUGGUUACACGUUUCGAGUAUGCAAAUGUUUUUCACACCUUCACAGAUUGGUACAGUGCAUAUGUGGCUUCUAGAGUUACUGGAUUGCCCAAUCGACCUCAUAUAGUUUUCGUGGAUGGCCAUUGCAAGGCACAGUUGGAAGAAACCUGGAAUGCAUUGUUUUCUAGCAUUAGAUAUGCCAAAAGCUUUCGUGGUCCUGUCUGUUUCCGCCAUGCGAUACUUGCACCUUUGGGAUAUGAAACUGCAUGGUUCAAGGGACUCUCUGAAGACAUAGAUUGCAACGGUGCUUCUGCACGUGAACUAUGGCAACACCCAGAUGAUAAAAAGACUGCUCGUCUGUCUGAGUUCGGGGAGAUGAUAAGAGCAGCAUUUGGUUUUCCAGUUGAUAGACAUCAUAACUCAAGGCCUGUUUCGGGUCUUAAUGUCCUCUUUGUUAGACGUGAGGAUUAUUUAGCCCAUCCACGUCAUGGUGGUAAGGUACAAUCAAGGCUUAGUAAUGAAGAACAAGUUUUUAAUUCUAUAGAGGGCUGGGCAUCAAAUCAUUCAGCUUGCAAAUUGAAUAUAAUAAACGGUCUAUUUGCUCACAUGUCCAUGAAAGAGCAAGUUCGGGCCAUUCAAGAUGCUUCAGUCAUAGCCGGUGCUCAUGGGGCAGGUCUAACUCACAUAGUUUCUGCUACGCCAAGGACAGUAGUGUUUGAGAUUGUCAGUAGUGAAUACAGGCGCCCCCAUUUUGCCCUAAUUGCCAAGUGGAAAGGAUUGGAGUACCAUGCUAUUUAUCUGGAUGAGUCAUAUGCAGAUCCUCCAGGGGUAAUUUAUAAACUCAGUGGCAUUCUUAGAGGUCUUGGAUGCUGAGAUUUUUUGUGGUUUGAGACGACAUUCCUCUUGAUUAAUUAGCUGAAGGAUGCGAGCGACAUUUUUGACCCCAGAAAGAAGGAAGGAAAUGAUUGGGCAGGAACAUGAACCUGGAGCUUCGGAUAUCUGCGCUACAGACAUCUGCAAAGCUGCAAUAGGAUCAAAUCAAGUAGUCGUUAAAACAUAUGGCAGCCUGAGCAGUUUGUGCAGGAAGCAUGCAGUGCUAGAUGAGGAAUGAUCGUCUGAGAAGAAGACAAUGGUAGAAUUCCCUGAAAUCUAAGUGAUCUGGUAAUGUAUAUACUUUCAAACUUGCAGGGACAAGAACUAGCAAUGGCUGGGAGUUCGGACAUUGUGGCUCACUCCUCGACAACUCUGACGGUAUACUAUUAAACUUAACUAGGUCUACAUAGUAUAUAUAUAACCGCCCGCCGAAGGGGAUUUUCCGUCACUUAUACCAAGAAGUGAUUAUUCUGAAGAUAAGCUGUAGGACAUCAUUUAUUUUUAAUACAAAUUGGUACAAGUACGACCGACUCUCUGCCAAUAGUGUCUGAUUCAAAAUGAAAUGUAACUUUUGUGAAAAUAACAAUUCUGCGUCUGCUAAAUGUCAAGAACCAAAAAUUCCAUUGCCUCGUU